AGGAGACGGUUGUGGGGAUCGUGCCUGGGCCGGAUCCCGGCUGCUGGAGGGGCGCGGAGACCUGCGAAGGGGGACUGCCGCAGCAUGGCGGCCGGGAGCGCGGCGCCCUGCCCUCCUGCCCGCCGCCGUCGGGACUCCGGGGUUCGCGUGUGCCGGCUGUGAGCCCUCCCUGCCGCCGUCCGCGCGCCGUCCGCCGGCCUCCUCCCCUAGUCGCCUCUGCCAGUCCGGGGUCGGCCGUGUGGGCCGCUCCCCUCGCACCGCGCCCACCCGCCGGGGCCCUGGACCAUGGAGGACGUGAAGCUGGAGUUCCCCUCGCUCCCACCGUGCAAAGACGACGCCGAGGAAUGGACUUACCCUAUGAGACGAGAGAUGCAGGAAAUUUUACCUGGAUUGUUCUUAGGCCCAUAUUCUUCUGCUAUGAAAAGCAAGCUACCUAUAUUACAGAAACAUGGAAUAACUCAUAUAAUUUGCAUACGGCAAAAUAUUGAAGCAAACUUUAUUAAACCAAACUUUCAACAAUUAUUUAGAUAUUUAGUCUUGGAUAUUGCAGAUAAUCCAGUUGAAAAUAUAAUACGUUUUUUCCCUAUGAGUAAAGAAUUUAUUGAUGGGAGCCUACAGAAUGGAGGAAAAGUUCUUGUUCAUGGAAAUGCAGGUAUCUCCAGAAGUGCUGCCUUUGUUAUUGCAUACAUUAUGGAAACAUUUGGGAUGAAGUACAGAGAUGCAUUUGCUUAUGUCCAAGAAAGAAGAUUUUGUAUUAAUCCUAAUGCUGGAUUUGUCCACCAGCUUCAGGAAUAUGAAGCCAUCUACUUAGCAAAAUUAACAAUACAGAUGAUGUCACCACUCCAGAUAGAACGGUCCUUAUCUGUUCAUUCUGGCACCACAGGUAGUUUGAAGAGAACACAUGAAGAAGAUGAUGAUUUUGGAAGCAUGCAAGUGGCAACUGCACAGAAUGGCUGACCAAUGAGGAACAUUACAUAGGAUCUGAAUUCUAUUUGGAAAGGAGAAAAUCCUAGAGAUAAUAAUAUAAAAUGGUAAAAACACAAAUAGUUUCUUUUCAGUUAUAUGUUGCUUCCAGACAUGUUUCUGCAACUUGUUGGGCAACAUUUUAGAAGAUGUUGGACUUUUGCAGUAGAUGGCAUUGAUGGUUUUACUUUUUAAAAAAAUUUACAAUUUUAUUACAAACCAGAAUUUUGGACUUGCAAAGAGGUAUUAUUGCAAUAAUGCACUUUUCAUACUUGAAAUUUAUUUGUAUGAUAUAAAGUUAUUACUUUAAACAAAAUGCAAGUUAGGGGGAUUUGUUUAUAAAUUUGGGGGUAAUUUAUAACAAAAAAAUUUCAUGAGGUUUUGCUAAAAAUUCAUUUUGUGUUCUAUGUGUUACAUUUUAAACAGAAUUUUACAGUUCAGUUUUAUGAUGGAGCCUCUUACAGAAACAUUAACAAAAUGUAGAACUUGGCCCCAUUUUUAGUACAAUUCAAUAACUUAAUCACCUUUUUAAAAAAAACUUUUAGUUCCUUAUUCUUAAAUCAUGACUAGCCAACUACCCUUAUUUUUCUAAUUUAAUUAAUGCUUCCUUUCCAAUAGCCUUCCUAAUUUAUUCUAAAGGAGAAAAAGUUUUAAUGAUCAAAGAAAGAUGUUUUACUUUAAAGGUAGUGUUAGUGUUAGAAUUCCCCAGAGGCUUUUCCUUUUGUUUAUUCUUUAUUUAAGCCAAAUGCUUUAUUUUGUUCUUUUCAGAGUUGCUUAGCCAUUUUUACCUUUGUCCAAAAUGGUUCGAAGUAGACUGUAAUAAACCAAUGUAGCACUAUUUUAUUUCAAAAUGAAGUCCCCCCCCAAACUAAAAGUGCCUUGCAUUAACAAUUAAUCCUCAUGACCUCUAAAUUAGUAUAUAGAACAGUGAAAUUAUUAACAUUUUUCUGUAAUUGCUUGUUUUUAAACCAUAAAUUAAUUUAAACUCAAUCUGUGAAGCUUGAAGAAAUAUUACUGAACUAUUUGGAAUAUAGAACAUUUACUUCUUCAUUUUCUGUUGUCUUAAUGAUUCUGUGAGGUUGUUCCAGCUGACAGCUUUGCUUUGAAGAUGCAUUUAUAGGUGGCUGGCUUUAGUGUAUUGUAAACUACUGUUUUAGUCUGCCGUUCACAUUUAGUUAAUCCAAACUUCACCCAUAAUUUGCAUUAGCAAAGUCACUUUAUGGAUCUUAAGUUUUCCAUGUUAUUUAUAUGUAUAAAAGUUGUUCUACAAAAACCAUUUUGCUAUUUUAAGUGUGAUGUGUGGGAAGGAAGAAGUGUUUUUAACUUUUUGUAGUUGAUAACUUUAGGGUAGCACAAACAACUCCUUUAUAUUUCACUUUCUCAGUCCUCUCUUGAGGUGCUUUACUGAUGGGAAUAAUACCCAUGCAUUUCCUUAGUACCAAGAGGCACUAUGCAGGGUAACUUACUACACCUAGUUACUUGCUUUGCUUUCCUCCGUAUGAUGUAAUACAGGAAAAGCUUUUAUGCAGCAUAGUGGGAGAGUGAAUAUUAGAAUUACUGGCAGAGGUAAUUCCUGUUGACCCAUGUGGAAUUCCUGUUUUGACUGCCCAUCCCUUCUAUCUUACCACUCUUAAAAACAGCAUUGUGAUCCAGUAUUCUGUUGUGUGAUUGGUGUAGUUGUCUAGUUGAGUCAAGAUUGCACUGGUUGUUCAAAAAUUCUAGUUGGUAAAGAACCAGAUACCACAGCUUUCCUGAUACACAUCACUAUUGGACAGGUCAGCAAAGAUCUCUCUUGCAAUCAAAUCAGUCUGUGAUGCUUCACUGAGCAGACAUUCUGUUCAAAAUACUUAAUUUAAAAAU